AUUGGACUUUUGCAGUGGGAGUGGCGUAUUGGCUUGCAGUGUGCUCGAAUCGCUCCGGGACAAGCAGCACAAGUUGCAAGAGCGUGUUGGGGACGCUGCAGCUGGUAGCGGUAGUGUUGCCAUGGACUUGCUCGACAACGACGUUCUAGCUCUGGUAGCAGCACGCAAGAAUGUGCCGGACGCGCGACACCUCUUCUUAUCCGAUGGCUGGAGCACCAUUUUGGCUCGUGAUCCCACGACAGAUAAGCUCUCGUACGACCUCAUUGUGUCGAAUCCUCCCGUCCAUCGUGGCCAUGCAGACUCUUUUACUGUUGUGGAGACGCUGCUCCGAGGCGCAUUUUGCGGCUCUCAUCCCAAGCUUUCUGAGAGGGGCGAGCUGUGGCUGGUUGCUCAGAGCCACAUUCCUGUGACCCACAUUCUGCACCACAUCUUGCGUCAGGAUAAUUCGAAUUCCGCUCCUGUACCAUCAGUACGAACUCAGCUUUACACAAAUGGCCGCUUCAGCGUAUGGCGAUGCGCUAGGGAUAACUGAGGCCUACAAGGAUUCCUAUCUCUUGGGUCGAUACGCUUUGCCUUCCUACUUUGAGCAAUUUUUACUUUUCUCACCAGUCACCUAAAAUUACAGCAUACAUGUUCCGAAAAUACUGAUCCAUCGCGAUCCAGAUCCAUGUCCAUGUCCAUGACCAUUUUGU